AUGGCCAAUGGCUACCACAAUGGGGCUGGCAGCAGCGGAACCACGUGCCGGAUCUGUCAGGAAGGCGACCAAAAGGCUCAGCUUGUGUCUCCCUGCAGCUGCUCUGGCACGAUAGGCUUCGUACAUGUGUCGUGCCUCGAGCGUUGGCUUAAUGAGCGGGACGUGGACUACUGCGAACUCUGCGAAGAAGAAUACACGGAGCGUAACCAACUGCUCCAAGACAUCUCUAGCCUCAUUGAAGGCACGUCGUACAAAGUGUGCACAGCGAGGAAGUCGAGGAAGGCCUGCCAUGCUGAUCCAAGCGUGCAAGUGCGAAAAGUGGCAUUGGCUGCCAGAGAUGUGCACGGAAAUAGAUACGCGGAGCGCAGCACAGCCUUCAACGCCGAGUGUGACACCACUGAGGAAGAAAUUGGCGUUACUAGCCCCAUUGUCUAUGCUACGCCGGAGAAGCUGCUGCCUCGCACGGUGACUCCUGAGGACGACGAACGUGAAUGGGACGACGUCAUAAGUGAAAGUGCGUUAGGCAUAGAUUGA